AUGGUUGAUGGAGGAAUUGCUUUAGUAAAAUAUGUAUUGUUUAUAACAAAUUUUGUAAUAUGGCUUGCUGGUUUAGCAUUAGUUGUGAUUGGUGCUGUCUUACAAUUAAAAUUUUCAAAUAUUGCAGAUAUUUUAGGUGAUGAAAGACUGGCAACACCCUUGAUUUUACUUGCUAUUGGUUCAACAUGUGCUUUAUUAGGAUUUCUUGGAUGUUGUGGUUCUAUAAGAGAAAACUAUUGCUUAACUGUUAGUUUUGCUGUAGUUUUAGCACUUUUAUUAUUAUUAGAAACAGCUAUUGCAAUUGCUGCAUAUGCAUUACAUGAACCUGUCCAAGAAACAAUGAAAGACCAAUUAAUAAAAGGUCUUCAUAGAUAUAAUAAUUCACGAGGUGUUGCAAUUGCAUGGGAUAAAACUCAACAACAAUUACAAUGUUGUGGUGUUAGUAAUAUAACAGAUUGGAAAGAAUCAAUUGGAACUAUUCCAGAUUCAUGUUGUGUUCAUUAUCAUAAAGGGUGUGCUUUAAUGCCCCAACCAAUAUUACAUUCAAAGGGAUGCAUGCAAACAGCUGAAAAUUGGAUUAUGGUAAAUGCUGCAAUUAUAGGUUGUAUAUCAGUUGCCAUUGGUUCAAUUCAAAUGAUAGAAUACACAAGUGAGAUUUCAGCUGACAUAUUACACAUUUUGUUUAAAAGUAUAGUGUAUUAUAAUACUUCUUCUAAAGAAUAA